UCUAUUCUGUCAGGUACGGGCAGACUUGAUUGUCAAGACGUAGCUCAAGGAGCUACCAACAGAACACGCGGGACCGCGAGAUGGCGGCGGCGGCGCAACAUGAGGCAGUGAUCGCGGUGGCCGACCGCCCACCCUCACCAAAACGACCGAGCCGCGCCCGGAAACCGAGUACAAAAGUCCGUGAAGCGAUGCAAUCACUGGAGGAUACGGCCCCUAUGUCGAGAAGAACUGUAAUCUAUGCUAUGCGAAGCACCGCAUCGAGAGGAACUGUUUGUGAGAGACGAGCAAUGCGGAGGCGAGGCACAAGGGCGCUGCAAGCACUACUCAAUUCUGCUAAUCGCAAGAUGGGGAGAAAAGGAAGAAAAGCUGGAAGAGCUCUCGCGAUGGAGAGGUCAAAUGCCAGAGCAAAUGGGGCACGCGCGAGCAGACAAGCUCGAGGUACGCGCUUGCCGUGCACCGCAACCCCUCUUCCUUACCUACAGGUACUUAGUCUUCUCCCAUGCCGAUCAACAACAGCACAGAGAAUCAAGCACUUUUACCACCUUUCAAUUUCAAUCCACUGCUUUGACGGGGAAUAGCUCUUUUCCAGCGCAUAUCUCAGCGGUCUUUGCCCUGCGGGUUCCAACAUGUACAACCAUCUGUCACGAAAGGAGGCUGGUGUGCUCGCUCAGCUCAGAACAGGCAUGGCGAGACUGAACGGUUACCUUCACCGGAUUGGAGUAGCACCGUCAGAUCAAUGCGCAUGUGGGAAUCCUCUGUGCCUUCCGCGCGGCCUUCUCUGCUUCUGUGACAGAGAAGAAC